AUUUAAAUCUUUCUCAGUGACAGAAAACAUGUUUCGCAAUAAGAAGUACCUUACCAGUCUAAGCGGCCUAUAUCACGGUCUAGUGUGUAAGGCAUUGUGCGACACAAGACAUUUAAGGUAGAAUAACUUGUAGGAAAAAUACAUUUCUUGGAACGACAUGGCAUUGGCAACGCGAUAUUUAAAUAGGAAAAAAAAAGGAGGAACGGCCUUGACGAUCAGGGUAUAUAAAACGUUAGCUAUCUCAGUAUCCGUUUACAUUUUUCUCAGUGACAGAAAACGCAAUAGUUUGUACUCGCGUACACUGGCCAAUACUUAAAUAUCAGCAGAAUGGGCAAGUCUGUUUUUGUCAAGAUAUCGUUAGUAGUCCUAGUAAUAGGCCUUUUUUUCCACAUCAUUGGGGUUUCGACGCCAAAUUGGAGUACUUAUAGUAUUUCACUCGUCACUGUGAAAUUAGGUUUGUGGAAAUACUGUUUUAGCAGCCUUGGAACCACAGUCUGUACGAGUUAUGGGGGCAUCACUUUAACAGAUGGUGAUUGGAUCAAGGCUUGUCAAGCUAUGGGAAUCCUCGGCGUUCUCACAAUUAUAGCGGCCAUCAUCCUCAAUGUCUUGUGUGUCGCCGUCCUCACCAAACAGGACCACAAAAUUGCCUUCAUAUUAACACCGACCCUGGCGUUCAUCGGGGCUGGCUGUAUCUUCAUCGCAAACAUGGUUUGGGGUGCAAAGAUCUCUGAUUGGUCUUUCAUCAUUGCAAGCGCCAACGACUUGGCACUUGGUUGGUCCUUCGCACUCUCCUUGGUUGGCGGGCUCUUCGCUGUAGCUGGCGGUGUUCUGUUUGGAGUUGGCUUCACCAAAGGGUAGAUCAACAAAAACCUGUCUGCGCAGAACUGAUGAAAAUCGUCCCUUGACAAGAAUUCUUUUUAUAUUAUUUUUAAGUUUCUGCAGUAGAAUUUUAACAACAUUUUAUCAUUUUAACUCUAAGACAUAUAAUGAUAUCAACAAUUGAAUGUACGAAUGAACGAUAAGCGCAACCGGAACAUCCUAUCAAGUCGUUUACAUGUGAGCAUGUGUCAUGUUUACAUUGGGAGUAUCGUUCAAGAAAUUUCAUUUUAUUAAAAACUAUAUUUAAACAUUGUUACGCUUGAUAGUAUUUGUUUUUUUAAUAAAUCAUCGUUUAAACUAAUAAUUUUAUAGAUUAUGCUUAGUUGCUUUAUUGACACUUGCCUUAACUUUUAUACCAGGUUUAGACAUUGUAGAUUUAUAUAAAGUAAAUAUUUAUUAUCUUUGUGAUUUGUAUAUAUAUUUAUGUGUAAAAAAAUUUGGAAAAAUACUUCAAAAUGUACAAGUAAAGAACAUGAAUUGACUCAAUAUCAUUUUCUGAAAAUGAUCUAAAAACAUACAUAUAAUCCAAACCCUCCAUCUUAAAGAUAAUUAAAAUUUUACGUGUGACAACAAGCGUUGUUUUUA